CGCCUGCGCAAAGCCUCGUAGGGAGCUGUCCGUGUCAGUAGGUGCUGGAGUGUUUUCACUGAAGCCGAUUCUCCCCCCGGUCCACCGAAACAGACGGGAGCGAUGGAAGAAGAGUUAAAAUGUCCCGUUUGCGGUUCUCUCUUCAAGGAUCCCAUCCUGCUGCCCUGCUCCCACAAUGUCUGCCUGGCGUGUGCUCGGAACAUCACCGUGCAGACCCCGGACGGGGAGACCCCGGUGCAGAACCGAGCUUCGGGCAGCUCUGACUACGACUACCUGGACAUGGACAAGAUGAGUCUGUACAGCGAGACGGACAGCGGGUACGGUUCGUACACGCCGUGCCAGCUCAAGUCUCCAAACGGGGUGCGGGUGUUUCCGCCGGCCAACCCCCACCGACACUGCUCGCUCACUUGCCCGCUGUGUCACCGGAGCGUCUCCCUGGAUGAGCGGGGGCUUCGGGGUUUCCCUCGGAACCGGCUGCUGGAGGCCAUCGUGGCGCGGUACCAGCAGAACCGCGCCGCCUCCUCCUCUUCUUCUUCUACCGCGGUAAAAUGCCAGCUGUGCGACCGCAACCCGGUGGACGCGGCGGUGAUGUGCGAGCAGUGCGAUGUCUUCUACUGUAACGCCUGCCAGCAGCGGUGCCACCCGUCUCGCGGUCCGCUCGCCAAGCACCGCCUGGUGCCGCCGCGGACCCAAGCGACAGGAGGUGGCGCGGCAAGCGGAGGAGGGAGCGGCGGUCAGCAGCCGCCCGCCACUGCGCGGAAACCGGCGACCUGCGUGGAUCACGAGGCGGAAAACUUCAACAUGUACUGCUACAGCUGCAAGACUCCGGUGUGUAUGAAGUGUCUGGAGGAGGGAAAACACGCCAAGCACGACAUCAAACCGCUGGCCGUGAUGUGGAAACAACACAAGUGCCAGAUCUCCCAGGCCUUGAAUGGUGUCUCAGACAAAGCUAAAGAUGCCAAAGAGUUCCUGGUUCAACUCAAGAACAUGCUUCAGCAGAUACAGGAGAACGGUGUGGAGUUUGAAGCUUGCCUCGUGGCGCAGUGUGACUCUUUGAUCGAGGCGCUCACCAGACAGAAAGCCAAACUGCUCACCAAAGUCACCAAGGAGAAGGAGUACAAGCUGAAGGUGGUGCGUGACCAGAUCACCCACUGCACCAUGAAGCUACGUCAGACCACCGGCAUGAUGGAGUACUGCCUGGAAGUCCUCAAAGAGAACGAUCCCAGUGGAUUCCUCCAGAUCUCAGAUGCUCUGAUCAAGCGGGUGACAUCCUCUCAAGACCAGUGGGUAAAAGGGGCCCUGGAGCCAAAAGUAGGCCCUGAGUUUGACCUCACCCUCAACACUGACUCGCUGCUCCAGACCAUCCUGCAGCUGGACUUCUGCCAGGGAAAAGAUGUGCAGGAGAGUCCGUUAUUGAAACAAAUGCAGGCAGCAGACAGUGGUGAGGCUGAGAUGGAGACAGAGAGCCCAGGAGUGGAGUCUGGACCUCAGGUGCCGGCGGCUCCUCUGCUGCAACUGGAGAAGUGCUGCACCAGGAACAACAGCGCCACCCUGGCCUGGAGGGUAGCUGCGCCCCCUAGCAACCCCAUUGAGGGCUACAUCUUAGAGCUGGAUGAUGGCAACGGAGGACAGUACAGGGAGGUAUAUGUGGGGAAGGAGACAGUGUGUACGGUGGACGGCCUCCAUUUUAACAGCUCCUACAAUGCCAGAGUGAAAGCCUACAAUACCAUCGGUGUGGGGCCGUACAGCAAGACUGUGGUACUAAAGACCUCGGAUGAAUAUUCUGCCAGAGAAAUACUGCAGAGAGUGAAAAGUGUGCCAACCAACCCCGGUCUCCCCUUCACAGGGAUGCAGAGAGAAGUGGCUUGGUUCACCUUUGACCCCAGCACAGCUCAUCGGGACAUUGUUCUGUCCAAUGAAAACCAGACAGUCUCUUGUAACAGCUAUGAUGACCGUGUGGUGCUGGGAACUGCUGCUUUUUCCAAGGGCACCCACUACUGGGAGGUCAGGAUCGAUCGUUAUGACAACCACCCGGACCCUGCGUUUGGCGUGGCGAGGAUCAACACCAUGAAAGACAUGAUGCUGGGGAAAGAUGACAAGGCGUGGGCCAUGUAUGUGGACAACAACCGCUCCUGGUUCAUGCACAACAACUCCCACACCAACAGGGCGGAGGGAGGCAUCACUAAGGGUGCAACUGUGGGCAUCCUGCUGGAUCUGACCAAACACACACUAACUUUCUUCAUCAACAAGGAGCAGCAUGGACCUACUGCCUUUGAGAGCCUGGACGGGGUGUUUGUACCAGCUGUCAGCCUCAACAGAAACGUACAGGUGACCUUACUGACGGGCCUGGAGGUGCCAAAGAAUAUCAAACAGUAGGACAUCUGUCCUCCCUCCGAGCAUGCUGUGGAUAUAAACCAACUAUGUCAUGUGCAGUUGGCUUAUGUGUGGACCUUUUCCAGUCACGUCAGGUUGGAUUUACCCUUCUCCUAUCCUUCUCAAGGUGCCCUUUGUCUUGGAUACUUCAAUGUGAAACCCUGCUACGUAAUUUGGGGCAAUGAAUAAAUAUGAGAUAUUAUUGGCUAUAAAUAAAUAAUAAUAAAUAAAUGACGCUUGUGGAGAGGACUGGA